GCACUGAUGGGGUCAGGCGAAAAAAUGUAGAUGCGCGGGCCUCUGGCCGUCGGCGUAGGCAGCGAUGCCCAUCUCAUUUUUUGUGCGCGGAGGCAGACACCUCAUCAGAAAGGUGGACGGGCACUAUGUACACGGCCCUAGGUUCGCUAGAGGGACUUGUACUGUCUCCGUAACCUGGUUUUGCCAUCAAAGGAGGAGGGGACAGGUGGUGACGAGCUGACUGGGCUGGUUGACCGUUCGGCGCGAGAAUUUUCAGACCAAGAACCCUAAGUGCAACGAGGGAGAAAGCGAGGAACCGACUGGGAAGGACAGCAACGAGAGCGUGUACGACGCGGAGUGGGUCGAGUUUGGUCGUCACGGCUAGGACUGGCCACAGCGGCACCGGAGCAUGCGGACGGCAUCGAACCGUGGCGCACGGACAAACAUCUCUUGUGUUGGCAAUUAUUUUUCCGUUUUUUUCCUGAAUAUAGGUGUUGUGUGUGUUCUUUAGAUCUUCUGAUGAUGGCUCUAGCAUUUUUGUGACUACGGACCGAGUCUUUGCCAGAUUUUGGGAUGAGCAACUGACACGAGUUUAGUGUUUAAUGUGAAGAAAAACAACAACAACAAGACUUUCUACGUUCAUGCAAGAGUCUUCGUACAACGUCGUUCUAUGUUCAACGUUCCGACUUUGUGCAAGCUGUACUGCUGCGGGUCGUGGGUGCUGUUUUUAUUAGUAGUGUUCGGUACAGUAAGUGUCCCGAUAUAGUGCCGGUAUGUGUCUGGGCGAUUUGACCGGCACUAUACCGGGCACCGGCACAGUUCAGAAUUGUGCCUGAUUAGUGCCGGCACUAUUCAGGGCCUGAAAAUCUCCCUAUAAUGCCGGCGUAGCACUUGUCAGGACUGUUCGACUUCAGAGUGCAGCGCUUGCGCUUUGCGGGGCUGACAAAGAACGGGUAUACCCUGGUCGAAAAGCGACACAUCUGGGUACACAGUCAUUAACAGCAGUAAAUGCACUCAUAUCAUUUGUCAGCGCCCAAUUUUACCCCGGUGCGUCCGAAAAGGCGCAGGGUAUACCCUGCCGUGACUACUUUUCUCAACAACUGUACCCUGUUUUCGGAAGUGUACCCUGACCUGUCGGGAAAAAAGACCCUUUCAUCAAUCAUCUCUCCCGCAGGAAUCUUCCCAGCUCCUUUUCCCCUCCAUGGGAUACCAAACGGUGACUCUUCCCGCCCAAUAACAACCAUGGCAACGGAGCAGGAAUCAGUUUCCGCCCCUGCGAAACAACACCAACCGUCAACUCUUCCGCUCUACGUCAACAAUGGCCGGGCAACACUCUCCCCCCCCUCGGCCUGCUCCCCGGCCGGGGCCGAAAUCGUCCUAGUGAGUCCCUCGCGGGCGAACCAGGCCACAACAGAUAGUAGGCGGGUGGUGUCCCAAGGUGUAACUCACCGCCGCGCUGGCUCAGCGUGGCGGUGAGGAUGCACAGACGGUGGUAGUGGCGAGAGGUGUGUAUGGACACUGUUCCCGCGGCAGUAAUGCAAAGCGGCAAACUGCACCUGGCAACCACCGUCGCGGAAAGCGUGGCCCACGAAGCUGGAGGAGUAGAGAGAUUCGCAAACACGACGUCAGUAAGAACCGUUCGCGGGAGAACGGAGACAACCGCGGGCACCGCGGGGAGGGGGUGCUGCACCCUCCUCGUCAAAACACCACAG